AUGGCAGCUCCGUGGAAGGGCGCUCUGCUGCUGCUUUUGGCAUCUCAGGCUGUCUCCUCGUUGAACGCCUCUGACGAGGAGGAAGUUCCAGAAGAAUGGAUUCUUCUGCACGUUGUUCAGGGUCAGAUAGGAGCUGGGAAUUACAGCUAUUUGAGGUUAAAUCAUGAGGGAAAGAUAGUUCUUAAGAUGCAGAGUUUGAAAGGUGAUGCAGACCUGUAUGUAUCCGAUAGCACCCUGCACCCGAGCUUUGAUGACUACGAGUUACAGUCUGUCACUUGUGGCCAGGACGUGGUUUUCAUACCAGCGCACUUCCAGCGCCCCGUGGGAAUAGGGAUUUACGGACAUCCAUCUCACCACGAGAGUGAAUUUGAAAUGAAAGUGUAUUAUGAUACAACGAUUGAACAGCACCCGUUUGGUGAGACUGCUUAUUCAGACGGUACAGAUACGAGUCGGAAGCAGGCUUAUGCUCCAGAAGAUGCAUCUCAAGAAGAGGAAUCUGUUCUUUGGACGAUAUUAAUUAGUAUUUUGAAAUUGGUACUUGAAAUUCUUUUCUGA